AUGGCCAACCGAACGGACAGCAGAAUAUCUGAGCAUGCCACAAAGGCAGCAGAGGCCUUUGUCUCGGCCUACUACGCCGCCUCCGACUCACCGCAACGCACCCAGCUCGUCCCAACUCUCUACCUCCCCAACUCCUCGAUCGUCUGGAAUGGCACUCCCGUCAGCGGACAAGCAGAGCUGCUCGCCAUGCUCAACUCGAUGCCCGGGUCAAAGCACGAAGUGCAGACCUUUGACUGCCACGCCCUCUCGGGAAGCAUCCAGGGAUCCACGGCGACGCCACCUUCGCUGCUGCUCACCGUCAGCGGCCUGGUCUCGCACCACACGCCAGAGUCGCGAUCGGCGCAACCGCCAUCGAACGCGCCCAAGUCGUCGUCGGCGGCCGGCGGAUCCUCGGCCUCUGCGAAAAAGGGCGGCUUUGAUCCGGACGCGCCCAUCUCGUCGCACCCGCGCUGCUUUUCGCAGAGCUUCCUCCUCGUCCCCUCGCAGGCGGUGCUGGCCGCCCAAGGCGCCGCGGCAGGCCAGACGAUAGACGGCGGAGUCAGCGCCAGCUCGACGUCGGGCAAGGAUGGCACCGGCGUCACCAUCGCCGACAAGUACUUUGUCCAGGCCGACACGUUCCGCUUUGUUGGGUAG